AGUCAUGGACCAUUGAUUUCGAAAUACUUCGCGACUUUUGUGAAACGAAAGUUCAAUAAGUUGAAUACACGAUGUGAUAAUGUAUGUACCCAUCCAGUUUAAUCAGCCGAUAUACAAUUUAUGAAGUAAACAACUUUUUUUUCAAUAAUAAAUGAGAACUUACACGUUAUACGAACAUUUAAGCAUUAAAGUAACUCAAGAGUCAAGUCUCAAAUAAAAUCGGUACAUCGAUGUAGUGACACUAGUGAAUCGAUCGGCUGUUGUCUAGUAAAUGGUUUACAACGCAGCUUCCUCACGAGAUGUACAGUACUAAGUCAAAAAUGCGUUAUGCAUAAACAGAUCACUAUCGAUGUAGACAGUAAGAAGUAACAGUGAUGAGACGUGAUGAGUUGACUGGUGUAUUGUGAAAAAUGACAAACGGAAAUACACAUGGAUCGACGGUCGCAUUAUAAAUCAUCUUUAAAAUUGGAUAAACAAAGUUGUUAAUAAUGGGUUAAAAUGGAAAUUUUGUAAUAAAUUGUGAUGCGGAUACACAGUUUGUAACCUCCAUGAUUGGUUUAUUAAACAGAAGAUUGUUGUUAUGUGUGUGAACAUUUAAGUUACAUUGUAGAUACAUAUAUGUUUAGAACUUCUAUUUUAUGUUAGAAUAUUUGGACAUUCUGCGUAUUGCUAUAAACAUUAAAAGUUAAAUGAUUGUUAAUGGAUGUUGUUAACGAUUUGGAGAGUGGCCUGCUAAUGGAAGAAGGGUUUAAUAUCCGAGACCAUGCGAGAGACCCAACACGACUGGACCAUGUGAGAGACACCACGCGAUUGUUCUUACGCUCAUUCUCUGUCCUCAGUGACGACUCAGACUUUGAUGAACUCGCUGACAUACAAACCCCGGAUGUGCUCGACUAUCCAGAUGGAGAUGUCGCUGUUCAUCACACAUCCACCUCUGGGCUGGAAGUGCAGGCUGGUAAAGCUGCAGACUCCAAGAUCAUCCCAUUUUCGAGCAUUCACCGUCCAGUAAAGGGGUUCCAACAUGUGCGACCCACCUGCUGGAUGAAUGAACCAAUCAAGGUCAAGAUCAUCCAUGUCAAGAGGGAGGAACACCCACAUAUGACAAGAAAGGCAUUUAAUCCAAACUUGUACACUAUCGAGAUCAGUCAUGGUGAGUACAGAUGGAUGGUCAAACGUCGGUACAAACACUUCCACAGCCUCCACACCUCUCUGCGGCUGUUCCGGGCAAAGUGCAGCCUGCCUGUGCCCACCAAGGGACAUCGAGAGAAAAGACAGAGUUUUCGAGAAGAACGCAAAGUGCGCAAAAUCAAGAAGAAAGAAGGCCAAAAGGUUUUAAGGUUUCCAAAGAAACCAGAAUUUAUGGUUCGAGAAGAAGCCUUGGAGAAACGGCGGGACCAUCUUGAGAAGUACUUACAGAGCAUCUUGGAGUCCAAGUGGUAUAGGAAUCACACUGAUGUGCUGAAAUUCCUGGAGGUUAGUGAGCUGUCAUUUGUGAAUCACCUGGGACAGAAGUGGAAGGAAGGGGACAUCACCAAGUGCUCUGGUGGUCGCAGGAUCUCCAUUGGCUGCUGCGGGUGUCUCAAGAAGUACCAUGUGGCUGGCAGGUGGAGUAAACGUUGGCUGGUAGUGAAGGACACAUUCAUAGCGUACAUCCGUCCGUCUGACGGUGUGGUCUGUGAUGUGAUGCUCAUGGACUCAGCGUUCAAGGUCGUGUCAGGGAUGUCAGAUACUGGCGCUCAACACGGAGUCCUUGUACAGAACCUCACUAGGCACUUACUUGCCAAGGCAUGGACCAGUCGGAAGGCAGACGAGUGGCAGGCAUGUAUCACUGAGGCUGCAGAGAAGACUGGGAAAGACUUCACAAGCAAAAACAUCCGUUAUGACUCCUACGCCCCUGUCAGAGAAAACUCCUAUGCAAGAUGGUUUGUGGAUGGCUCAUCGUACUUUGAAGCUGUUGCAGAGGCCCUGGAGAAAGCAAGAGAGGAAAUAUUUAUAACUGACUGGUGGUUGAGUCCAGAGAUCUACCUGAAGCGUCACGUGACUGACAGGGAACGAUGGAGGCUGGACAAGGUGCUGGCCAGGAAAGCGAAAGAGGGUGUGAAGGUGUUCAUCAUUUUGUACAAGGAGAUUGAGGCCUCGCUAACCAUCAACAGUUACUACAGCAAACGCACACUCAUGAAGGAGUCACCGAAUAUUGUGGUAAUUCGCCACCCAGACCAUGUAGCCACGAGCAACCGUGUGAUUUUGUGGGCCCACCACGAGAAGGUCGUAGUAAUAGACCAGAAGACUGCGUUCUUAGGUGGCUUUGACAUGUGCUAUGGACGCUGGGAUGAUGAACAACACAGAAUGACUGAUCUUGGCUCGGUGAGUUUUGCUCCGCUACCAGAUCUACCCAAGGGGCAAGACUCUCUACCCGUGCACAAGAAUGGAUCGGUCAACAAGUUCAAGACCUUGAGCAGCAUAGUGCGACCCCCAUCAACAAUAUUGGAAUCACCCGAGGCUCUGACGUCAGACAGUGGUAUAUUUGAGAACAGUCAAGCUAAGACUUGCUCCAAUACUUCUCAGCCCACAUCCCCUAGUCUGGAGGAAGAUGGGAAUAAAGACUUGUCCAAUGAUAAGUUAGGCCAUUCCAUGAGCUCUGAAGGCGACUUUGGUUCGGCUGACCUGUUAACUGAUAAUGACAGCCUUGAAAAUGGGGAUAAGAUUGCUUAUCACAACAUCGUAGCAGAUGUGCAUGUGCAGUCAGACGAGAUAAAUAAUAGUGUUUGUGAUGCCAGGAAAGGUCAGAAACCAAUCACUGGAACCUGUAAUGAUCUGGCAAAGGAUUAUCAGAGUGUGACUUGUGCUCAAGACAGUGCUCAAACUGAAACCAAAGAAAAGUGCAAUAUUUGUUUUCAUAAUAGUGUAAAUAUGACAACUGACUCUGGAAAUAGUACAGGUGUUCCUAAUCAGGGAAAAUGUGCUGCACAUAUGGGUAGUGAUGGUGAUUAUUGUGAAAAUGUAAGACGUGAUAUCAGUGAUGGCUCUCUUUUGAAAGAAGGUGAAACAAAUCAUGUGUUACACAGGGAAGCAGGUGAAGAUACCCAGAACUUGUUCAGGCAGGAUUCUGUUGAUUUGCAGCAUAUUGAGGCUCAGAUUAUCUGUGAUGAUGCAGACAAAAAGAAACCAUCAAAUGAGUUAGUAAGUGAUGAUUUUGUCAGGCAAACAAUUUUAAAACAUGUGGAAAAAGGAAAAGACAUCACUAUUGAACAAGUCCGUGAGUCAAUUAACAAAAGUGGCGUAAAGAUAAACAUAAAAAUAGAUGAAAAAAUAAUUAAAGAGAAUCAAGAUAGGGUUGAUGCAGGACUAAUUAAAAGGACUGCAAAUAGUGAAGAUGUUAACAGGAAUGAAACAAAAUGCUCUGUGAGGUUCAAAGAACUCGAGGGUGGGGAGAUACAGGAGGAACACAUCAACCCAGAGCAGGCUGUUCCUGUAGAGGGGGCCCCAAGAGGGAUCAAAUCAGAGAGGUGGGUGUCCCGGAAACUGAAGCAGAGAUUUCCGUUCCUGAGAGAGAGGAAUGAGGAGGAGGACCAGCCUGAUGAGAAAGAUAAGAGUGACAAGAGUGAUUCUGACGACGAAGGCUCGGGCUCAAACCACAACCGGCUGCGCAACAAGUGGCGCAUGGUGCUCAACAUCAAGAAGCUAGAGCAGAACGUCUUGCGGCCAGAUGAGGAGGAGACCAUAUCACCUAGGAGCCCCUACGCCCGCAACCUUCAGUCUCCACACCACUCAUUUACCUCUCGAAUACGCAAGACGUUCACAAAACAGGACAGUGAUGAGGACUCCAUGAACAACAUCCUGUACCCGUGGAAACGGCUGUUCCGGUUUGAAGACUCCCCAGUCACCGUGAGAUCUGUGAUGAAGAUGGGAGAGGUGGACACAUAUGAGACACUGGAGGGGAGCUCCAAACUGUGGAUCGGCAAAGACUACAUUAACUUUAUACAUAAGGACCCUGUUGACCUACAUAACCCUUUUGAAGAUUUCAUAGCACGUGAUAAGACCCCUCGUAUGCCUUGGCACGACAUUGGGGCUGUAGUCUACGGGGAGGCCGCGCGGGAUGUGGCCAGGCACUUCAUACAGCGCUGGAACUUCUGUAAGAUGGAAAAAUUCAAAGCCAACAAACGCUACCCAAUCCUGAUGCCUAAGUCCUAUGGGAAGUGCAAGGUGUCAAGCCGUAUCCAGGACAUCACGUACGGCUGCACAACCCAGAUCCUGCGCAGCGUGAGUGGCUGGUCGGCGGGAAUCAACAAGGUGGAGCAGUCCAUCCAUAACGCCUACCUGGACUGUAUCAAGAACGCCAAGCAUUUCAUCUACAUUGAGAACCAGUUUUUCAUUAGCACGGUGGGGGACCACUCUAUGGUGAGGAAUCAGAUUGCAGAGGCUUUAGUGGAGAGAAUUACCCGGGCUUACCAGUCAGGAGAGACAUUCCGUGUAUAUGUGAUCAUGCCCUUGCUGCCAGCCUUCGAGGGGGAGAUUGGAGCAAACGGGGGGUACUCCAUACAGGCUGUCCUACACUGGAACUACAAGUCUGUGUCCAAGGGAGAGAAUUCACUCUGGGCAAAUCUUCUGAAAAGAGUUGACGAUCCCAAAAAGUACAUAGUUUUCUGUGGAUUGCGGGCACAUGAUGAACUAAAAGGGAAACUGGUUACAGAGCUGGUGUACGUGCACAGCAAACUGAUGAUCGUGGACGACGAUACGGUGAUCAUAGGCUCGGCCAACAUCAACGACCGCAGUAUGCUCGGGACCAGGGACAGUGAGAUUGCCAUCCUUGUGCAGGAUAACAAGAAGUUUCCCGUGAAUAUGAACGGCAAGGAACACAUGGCAGGCAGUUUUGCAGCCUCCUUGAGACGGACGCUGUUCAGAGAGCAUCUUGGGAUUGUUGAAGGGAACAAGGAAAUAGAUCUCAGUGACCCAGUCUGUGAUAGCUUCUACAAGAAUGUAUGGAUCGCCCAGGCCUCUAUCAACACAACCAUCUACCAUAAGGUGUUCAAAUGCAUUCCAGAUGAUUGCAUCAAGUCUUUCAGCGAGAUAAAGCAGACUGCAGGAGUGAUGCCCCUUUCUGAAUCCGAUCCUGAGCUAGCAAGAAUUGAUCUGCAGAAGGUCAAAGGUCGCAUCGUGUUCCUGCCUCUGUAUUUCUUGGAGCACGAGGAUUCAAUAAUGGCAACUGGCGCUAACAAAGAGUCUAUGCUGCCAAUGAAACUGUGGCUCUGAGAUUUGGGGUAUUACUGUUUGUUUGCAUGGAAUUAUAGUUUAUUUGUUUCAAAUUAAAUGUUAAUGAUAAACAUCUGCUUGUGAUAACUUUUACAACCACUCUCAAUGUAUUGAUAAUGUACUUUUAUAUGAGCUUUCCUGGGAAAACUGCAACUAAAACAUGGGUUGAAAGUGAAUUUGUGUUUGGAAGAGACUUUUUAUUAACAGAAAAUCCCAUCAAAGCAGAGUGUCGUCUCUGAUUAACAGACAGCACAGGCUAAACUUUUAAAACACUAUGCACAUGCAGAAAGCCCAGUUUUCCUAAAGGUGUGCUCAUAUACUUAUUAACAAUAGAUUCUAAAAACAAGUCUUGAGUUCUAGAGAAAUUGUUACCCUUGAUUUUUGCGGGGAAGGGGCAAAGGACAUUAUCUAGUUAUUGAUUCAUACUGUUUUAGAUUUAGAAAUUUUGUAAAUAGAAUUAAUGUACAUGAGGACUGUAUUUUUCAUGAAACAGUUUAUUUCAAAACCAUAUAUUCAAUUGAAAUGAAUGUGGCACAACAUUUAAGGGCUGUAUUGUUUUUUAAAUAUGUACAGUAUUUAACAUUCCAAAUGGGGACGAUUGAACUUUACUGGUACGUAAACAAGAAUGGAAAAGUGUAUCAUUUUAUCGUUGCUAAGCGCACAACAUCUAACACCUUACGCAACACCCAAUAAUCCUUUCUAUUCUAUAUAUUUCCUUAGUAUCCCUAAACCCCCUCUUUGUCUAUAGUGGGAGACAACUGCGUACCGGUCAAGUUCAAUCUAGCCUCCAAAUGUGUUAUUAUGUGUAAAAAAACACAUUAUUAUAUGAAAUAUUUACGUUAUUAAAGUCCUCAAAAGCUUUUUAAAUGUAUGAAAUUUCAAAUGGUUGAUAUUAAAAAACAUUCCAAAAUGCUGUUUUGUUUGAGAAAGUAUAAUUGUUAAAUAUAUCUCUGCUCAAAAAUUCACAAUAGAAAAUCCCUUGGGAAAGGCCCCAUCCAAUAGGCAUGUCUGGAGCCAGGCCUGAAUUGCAAAGCAUUUUGCUAAGCCAGUAUCUACUUCAUUAAUGUACCAGUAGGCUUAAUGUUGUUUGGAGUCAAGUUUUAAUUUUCACAUGGAAUAUUUACUGCUCAAAUCAUUACAAUAUUAUUAUACAGUAGUGUUAAAAUAAUAUAAUUAUGAUUAUAAUUAGCGGUAUGAUUAAAAAAGAAUAUUAUUUUCAUACAAUGCUAUACCAAUAUCUAGACUUUUGUGGUUUAUAAGUCCCCAUGGUUUGCGCUCUUUUAAAGUUCUUAAUAUUUUUUCAUGAAACAUGGAUAGAUGGCAAUAUUGACAUUAUGCACGUCAUUUCAUUUUGUUCCUACGUCAAAAAUUCUGGUUGCUAUGGCAACAAAUAGACUAGAAAUACUGCUGAAAAUGGUGGUUUUCUGGAUCCUGCGAUAACUUUAAAAGUUCUUCAUAUUUUUUUUAUGAAACUUCCAACAUGGAUAGAUAGCCAUAUGGGCAUUAUGCACGUCAAUUCAUUUUAUUCCUACGUCAAAAAUUCUGGUUGCUAUGGCAACAAACAAACAAAAUCGGACAAUGGUGGAAUAUCUGACAAUAGAGGAGCCGGUAGGGGACUUUUAUUGCUUGGUCUUGUUUUUAUUAUUCUCCAUAGAAAAGUAUAUUGUUGUCUCACGAAAAAAUUGUGGGUGGUAAGUUUUAUUUGACUUAACAAUUUUACUAGAACUUAGGAUUAUUCAUAACCAUGUGUUACAUACAAAUUAUUUUCUCUUAAGUGGAAGGAUAAGGUCAUCAUGCAAGGUCAAAGGUAACAAAUGUGUGUUUCUGCUUUGUGACUUUCAUGCCAUGGCCGACAAUUUGUAUAUAUGUCAGAUAAUUAUUUGCAAUGACCAGACAAUGUAUUGCAUGCAAAUCUAAUAAUCCUUUGUGAAAGUUGGAGAUCACAGUUCAUGGUCAGAGGUUAUGAAUUUGUGUUUCUGCUCUGUAACUUGUGCAUGUCUGGUAUGAUUUUAAUAUUAUUCCCAAUUUGUAUAAGAUUUUGUGUGCAAAAAGUCAAAUCUAGUUGUGUAGUUACCAGAAAAUGUAGACAUUAUGUUUAACAUGUAAAUAUUUUAAUAUUUUUCUAGUCAUCAAACAUACUGGUGACAUUAGGGAUCUCUGAAAAUCGGCCCAUAUAUUUUAGCAAUCUUUAAUAUUUACGUAUGACAGUAUUUAUGUAUGUGUUUUAUUACAUAAAAAUGGUUAAGUCUUAAAUUUAGUCAGAAAGGAAACACAUUGACUGAUUUUCUGUUCCGUGCCAAAAAGUUUAUUAAACUUGGUAAAUUAAACAUGUUUGCUCUGCAAAUUAUGUGAUCAAUAUUAUAUGUGUAUCUAACAGGCAUUACUAUAUUUUGAGCUGGGGAAGUCAAUGUACAUCAUACAUAUACAUUAACUAUGAUUACUUUUAGUUUUAGCAUGUUUUAAACAGUAUUUAGACCAAGCAUAUAACAGGCUGUGUUGGAAGAAAAAUAGAGUUUCUCAGAAUUGACCAGAACGUUACAUGACUUGAACUGCAACAUGCAAAAAUGGGUCUUAUGCUAUUUACAUCCAGUGUAUCCUCAGACUACCUUAAUGUAUGCUUUGCAGUUACGUAAGGUUUUGUGAUCUUAUAAGCUGACUGGGCAGACUGGGUGAAUGUGCAGGCUGGUAACAGACUGGGUGAAUGUGCAGGCUGGUAACAGACUGGGUGAAUGAGCAGGCUGCUAACAGACUGGGUGAAUGAGCAGGCUGGUAACAGACUGGGCGAAUGAGCAGGUUGGUAACAGACUUGGUGAAUGAGCAGGUUGGUAACAGACUGGGUGAAUGAGCAGGCUGGUAACAGACUUGGUGAAUAUGCAGGCUGGUAACAGACUGGGUGAAUUUGCAGGCUGGUAACAGACUGGGUGAAUGAUGAGGCUGGUAACAGACUGGGUGAAUGAGCAGGCUGGUAACAGACUGGGUGAAUGAGCAGGCUGGUAACAGACUGGGCAAAUGAGCAGGCUCGUAACAGACUGGGUGAAUGAGCAGGUGGGUAACAGACUGGAUGAAUGAGCAGAAAGGUAACAGACUGGGUGAAUGAGCAGGUUGGUAACAGACUGUGAAUGAGCAGACUGGGUGAAUGAGCAGGUUGGUAACAGACUGUGUGAAUGAGCUGGCUUGUAACAGACUGGGUGAAUGAGCAAUUUGGUAACAGAUUGGGUGAAUGCGCAGGUUGGUAACAGACUGUGUAAAUGAGCAGGCUUGUCUGAAGCUAUUCUGGCCAGCUGUAGCAUAAGAUCCUUUUUGAAUGAUGUAUCUUUUACAAAGAGACCUUAAUGUGUUAUUAGUCCCCUACCGGUUGUACCGGAGGGGACUUAUGGUUUUGUCUCUGUCCGACCGUCUGUCACACAUUUCUGGAUCCUGCGAUAACUUUAAAUGUUCUUAAUAUUUUUUUCAUGAAACUUGGAAUAUGGAUAGAUGGCAAUGUGGACAUUAUGCACGUCAUUUCAUUUUGUUCCUACGUCAAAAAUUGUGGUUGCUAUGGAAACAAAUAAAAAAAAUAUUCUGACAAUGGUGAAAUUUCUGGCAAUGGUGGAGCCGGUAGGGGACUUUUAUUGCUUGGCAAUAGUUUUGUUAACCAGGCUUUCCGAAGUAAAAACUGGUUAUUAGAUUGGCGAAUGCUGGCGGGCUGGCUUGCUGGCGGGCGGGCGGAACAAGCUUGUCCGGGCCAUAACUAUGUCGUUCAUUGUCAGAUUUUAAAAUCAUUUGGCACAUUUGUUCACCAUCAUUGGACGGUGUGUCGCGCGAAAUAAUUACGUCGAUAUCUCCAAGGUCAAGGUCACACUUUGAGUUCAAAGGUCAAAAAUGGCCAUAAAUGAGCUUGUCCUGGCCAUAACUAUGUCAUUCAUUGUGAGAUUUUAAAAUCAUUUGGCACAUUUGUUCACCAUCAUGGGACGGUGUGUCGCACGAAAGAAUCACGUCAAUAUCUCCAAUGUCAUGGUCGCCACAACUAAAAAUAGAUUUAAAAAAAAAAAAAUUACAAAGGGGGUUAAUUUUGUUUGUUCAUUUCAAAAGUUCAGUUUGAGUUUUCUCCCUUUAUCAGAUUUUUUUUCACAAUGAAAACCUGGUUUUGUGACAAUUUUGUCCCUUGUUUGUAUUGUUUUGAUCUUUGUUAUCCAGUUAAAAAAAAUAGCAUUCCAUACUUCAUAUAUCUGUUCCAAUUUAUGAAGUCUUUCAGUUUUGUUUUUGACAGUUUUGUUUUAGAACUACAUGUUUUAAUGAAGACCUCAAAAUCUUUGCCUUUUAAAUUGAAUUGUAUUUUUCUGUAUGAAUGUUUGAGGUUUGUUAUUUUGAUUUUGUGCAGUAUAUGCAAGUGUGUUCGAUUUUAUUCAAAUUGAUAUCCUAUUGGUUUGACUUAAGUUGUUUUUUGUUUUUUUGAUGAUUUGAAAAGAAUUACAUUUAUUCAAAAUAAUAUUGUCAAAAUGAAGGUAUUUACAAGGUAAAUCUGAGUUAAAUAAAUGACCAAAGACAUAAAUGACAGCUUGUUAUUGUAAUGUUAUUAUAAGGAAUGGUAAACAGGGUGCAGGAUCAAUUGGGUUUACAUGGGUUCACCAUGGGCUGAACAGAAUGAAAACACAGCAUUAAGAACUUAUUUAUGCAAAUAUCUCAAAUUAUUGGAAUACAUUUGAAAAAUUUUAAGCAUAUAAAAGUUUUUUUUACAAUUUUUGCGAUAGCUUAAGAUUUAAGAAUAAAUCAUUGAAUACGUCUGAAAUAGGUGCGUUCAGCAUUAGAGUGUACAUGAUUGUGUUACACAUCAAAUUAUUGCCCUAGAUCACAGGCUCACUGAAUAAAGUAAUUCUGAUGUAUUUUACAUUGCCAUAAGCAGCAUAAAAACAUGUCUUAUGCACUAGUUGUAACUCUUGAAAAAAAAUUGUUUUAAAAAGUUAUUUGAAGAAAAGCACCACAUACCUAUGUGUUUACAUCCAUUAACGUUCAAUUGUGAAAUUCACAAAGUCACAUUGAUCCUGCAACCUGGUAAAGAUAGACCUAUCAUAUUUGAGAACAGUUCAUGUUUCAUGAAUGUAUUGCACUUAUGUGUCCAUUUUGUUUAUCUGCAGUGUGGCUACUCCUUAAAUGGCUAUGAAUGUCUUGAUCUUUAUGAAUGACAUCAUCUCUUGGUUGCUUUAUUUUAAUUGAUGUCAUGUUGUUGAGAAUACUUUUAAACUUUGUUUGAUACAUUCCAUUUCUGUUAUUUCACAAAAGUCUCAAAAACUCAAAUGGGCAUAAUGUUAUUUUAUGUGCAAAAAUCAACUCGUAUAAAGUGUGAAUUUGUAUUCAAAUGAUAUUGUAGGUAAUAAAAGAAGGCCAUUUACAUAUUGCCCGAUUGGUGAAAAACAGUAUAGUACCAUGUGACAUUUUAUUUCAAUGGUACAUGUCACCAUUUUUCACCAAGUGGGAAAUAUGAACCAAUUUGUGGGAAAAUGGUUCUUUGGACAUAUACAGAUAAACCUCUGCAUCUGUAUACUCUGAUGAGGAGUCAUAAUGUCCAGACUGCGCAGAGCACAGACUGGUCUGGAGCUACCCUGAUGACAUGUGGCAUAAUAUCCAUUUUUGCUCAACAUUGCUUAUAUAAUUGUUGGUAGAGUAACCCUUUGACAAGGGUGUAUUUUUGAAUGAAUGGUAUAUAAUGCGAUUAUAAAUUCUUUAGCAGCAUCACUAGAAAAGCUUUUAUUGCAUUCCUAUAUAAUGGGGCCUGUACUUUAGGCAUGAGACGAAUUUUUAAUAAUACCUUAGGAAUUUGAGUCAUAACACUGCUAAGAGGACAUAAAAAAAAUGUUGUGUGAAGUAUUCAAUAUUCUUGUACAUUGAAUGAUUUUAAAAUUGUUUAGCAAGCUUGUUAAUUGACAUGUAUGUUGGUGACUAAAACAGCAAACCUUACAUGCAAUGUGCGAAAGUUGUUAUCUUUUAUUGUCUGUUGUUUAAGAAACUGUAUAUUUGUGAAAACAUGUAUGAAUGCUUAUACCUAUAGGUUUGUGUUUGCAUGUCAAAAACACACUAAGCAUUAUUUAUUGAAUAAUCUGUGCCAUUAGAUAGAUUAAAUCUGAUCUGAAUCUGACGAAAUGGAACUUUUAUGUCAUAAUAUUUUAUGAAAGUAAAUGCCAUAAAGUAUUUUGAGGCAUGUUUAGGGUAUAUUUUUGUUGGCAUAUGUUUGUUACCUAUACCAUGCAUUAUCUCAAUUAUUGUUACAUGAUUGUGGUCAUGUCUUACUGCCCAGUAUUUUGCUGUAUACAAUCAUAGUGCAGAAAUUUCAUGUCGAAGUACUGCAAAUAAAAUAUGAAGCAGUUUAUUGAAGCCAUAACUGUUUUGCAAUUUGGCCUUGUUCCAAUAAUAGGGGGCUUUAUUAAUGUGUAAUGUAUGUCCCAGAUUAUCCUGUGCAAUCCACAUAGUUAUAACUAGGGACGACUCCUUCCGUUUUAAUGCUAUUAUGGCUUACAGAAAGUCUCUUCUAAGCAAAUUAGGUGGAAAAUGUCGUACCAGACAAGCCUAUAAGGAUUUCAUAGGCUAAUCUGGGACAACACUUUUACGCAUACACAGUUAUUUUACCAUGCAUAGCGCGCAGUUUUUUACCUUCAAAUUUCAAAAUAAAAAUUCAGUGCGCGUAAUACAUUGACACAACGCUUUCCUGGUUGCUAAAUUGCAAAAAAUCCAUUUCGUAAUCGUUAAUCUUCACAAUUGCCGCCAUUUUUGUUAUUGCAAAAAAACUACUCCCUAUAAUGUUAUAGACUGAAGGGGCCGUUGUCGAAACAACAAAUAGCGGGAAAGGUUAGGAAUGAACGGGGUAGUCAUAGUUUUGACAAAAAUUAAAAGAUGAAAAAAAUGUCUUUGUUAGUGUUUUCACACUUCUUCAUUGAUUGUUCAUUUUAAAAAAAUCGAGGUAUAUCGAUCCCCGUGCGCCGCGGUAUUGUUUGUUAAAGUUUUCGUUGUCAUGAAAACUCGUUGAUUUAAAACGCAAAACGUCUUAUUUGAACUGAGGCUAAUUAUUUCAAUAAGUAUUUCUCAACUUCGCUUUUGCUUUAUUUUGAUAAUUUAAUCCAAAGUUUAAUGUUAGCAUUUCCGAAAAUUUGCACUCUAUGUGAAUUGACAGUUUGACGUCAUCAAAGGAAAGCCGCUUCCUGUCUGAAGCAAUAAAGCGACAAGUUUCUCGCCGACAAAAUUGGCUUCCUUUGUCUAGCAAUCAACAUGCCGAACCAAUCGUGUGUUUGUUCCUCAAUGGCAAUCGUCCAAUUAAAUAAUAGCACGUGCAAAGCUCCGCCUUCGAACCUUUUGCAAAGAACGGAGGUGGAGUUCAACGGUUAAUUGAGCAAGUGUUUUACGUAAGUUGAGUUCCGAUUUGCCGAAAUUACUAGGCCCUAAGCAUUGAAACGACGAAUACAUUUAUCAAUGAUUUUCCGAUCUCUGCAUAAAUAUGCUACUGUGCGAGUAUACUACGUAGGUUACAAACCAACAAUAGAGAUAUAGACUCGUUUUAUUUUCUUUCAAUAGAGACAAACAAAUGAUAUUUGUCAAAUGGCUUUACGCGGAUAACGCCAACUGUAUGGAAUUGAGCGUUCGGGUGUAUUGUUUGUCUUACUAUAAAAUACUUAUCAACUAGACGCAGUGAAGGCGCGAAAUACCGGGUCAAACUGGAUUUAUUGGGGAGCAUCUCUUAAUGGGGAAAUAUUUAAGUCGAUGAAAAAUAAAAUGGGAUCCACGGACGAUUUGCGUAAAAUUGGACAUUGAGAUGUUGCGGGUCUGCAGAAGAAGAUGUCAUACGAUGUUGUGAGCGGCAGGUAAUGAAAAUGUUACACUGUUCAAAUGUGAGGAAUAGGUAAUAGUGGUUCGAAUUUAACGCGCA